AUGGCAUCCUCACCCAAAUCACUGGCUGGUUCGGGCUAUGUCAUUCUCAACGUGCUGAAGGGCAUGAACAUUACCGGACUACUUGCUAUCAUCGCUGCAAGCGUUCUCAUGCUCAUCAAGACAACAACGGACUCAGGCUUCUUCUUCUUCGAUGCUGUCAUCCAUGCUGUGGUUGCAUCUGUCGCCAUAUUCCUGAUCAUCUCAGAGGUUGGUGUCUUCAGUGCUUACUUCGCUCGCAACUGGCCCUUGCUCAGCCUGGAACACGGUUUCGUUGGCCUUGCUUCAGUUAUGAUCAUACUGGGUAUGCACGUUUUGGCAUGUCUCAACAACUCAAGCAACAGCAAGAAGCAUCUUGGCUUAGCAUUCUGGCGUGUCGUGAUCAUGGCAGGUAUUCUGAAUCUCAUUCUUGGAAUCCUCAAUCUGAUCGCAGUAAACAGAGUUACGUGUUCCGCGAUAACAGUCAGGGGGAGUUCGGCACGCCAGGUUCGCGCACGAGGAGCCGAAGCUGCAAAUAUGGCCUAUAUCCAACGAAGCAACACUUCAGCAAGCGUGGCCAAAUCGGUAUCAUCUCGCACUACAACCGACAGCUCGCUAAAGCAGUUCCGUGCCAACUCGAAAGAAGAGUAUACUUUGCCUUCGUACCACAGUCCUUCGCCUGAACCUCAACAACAUACACAGGCGCCAAUCUCUCCUUCUUUGUACUCUCGCGCUACCUGGUGCAGCAAGAAGAAGUUUUUCAGCCGCAAGGAGAGCAUGGGACCCCCACUCCCAGUCAACAUCUCAGCACCGUACGACUUCGGGGCGCAGUUCCCAUCGAACGUCGCAAGGCCUGACUCGACUUUACACCCUAGCCGCGACGCUGAGAGUGAAACCUACAGAUGGAAGGCGGAGCGCUGA